AUUAAACACUCGCAUUCAUUUGCUUGAAAACAUGGAACGCUGGCACAACAAGCUCGCUGUUGUCACGGGCGCCAGUGGAGGCAUCGGGGCUGCCUGUGCCCGUGCCAUGAUUGGCGCUGGUUUACGUGUGGUGGGCCUGGCGCGUCGCGAGGCCAAGCUCAAGGAGCUGCGAGAGAGUCUGCCCAGCAAUUUGCGGCAAAACUUUAUACCAAGACGCUGUGAUGUGUCCAAGGAGGAGCAGGUGCAGAGCGCGUUCGACUGGAUUGAACGUGAGCUGGAGGGUGCGGACGUGCUGCUGAACAAUGCGGGCAUAACACGUGAAACGGAGCUGGUGACGCCGGGCAAUACGCAAAAGCUGCGCGAAGUCAUCGACACCAAUAUCAUGGGCGUUAUUUGGUGCACACGGGCAGCUUUCAAUAAUAUGCUAAAGCGCGAUGUCGAGGGUCAUGUGCUGAUAAUCAACAGCAUUGCGGGCCAGCAGGUACUGAAUUUCAUCGAUGUAUUGCCAUCGUUCAACAUAUAUCCGGCCACUAAGUUUGCCAUUACGGCCAUAACGGAAACAUAUCGUCAGGAGUUUCAGCUGCACAAGAGCAAGGUGCGCGUCACAGGCAUUUGCCCGGGUGCAGUCAAUACAAACAUAUUCCCAGAGGAAAUACAUUUCUAUGUCAAGGAUAUGGUACGACUGGACCCGGCCAAUAUAGCCGAUGCCGUGCUCUAUGCAUUACGCACGCCGCCGCAUGUACAGAUACACGAAAUAACUAUAAAGCCUAUGGGUGAACUAUUUUAGGUUGCACUUGGAAUUUGAUUUAUAAAAUAUACGGAGCUACAACAUAUUAUUAACUAUG